UCGUUUACUACCCGCCCGGUACUGCGGUCUUCGCGUCUCGUCCGUCGUACACACGCACAAACAGUCCGUUCGUUGCGCGUACACCUGUCCCUCACCGGGGUUCGUCUUUUGUCCGUUUUCGCCGCGCAAAUUAUUCGCUUUUUAUCCUCCACCGGAAGCCAUUGUUUCCCGAGAACAACCCUGCGCCGCCGUGUACGUGGACAUAUUUUGUACUUGUACGUUGAACGAGUGCACGCGGAGAACGACGAAGACGGAAACGCGAACCAGGACAAGGAAAAAUUUGCAGACCACCCCAAAACAACGAAACUACUGAAUUGUUCCCGAUUUUACUGUGUGACAUGGUAAUUGCGUCUGCGGAAAUCUGACUGGUCACGGGGAGAACCACGCGGAUAUGUCGUCGACCAGCGGCGGUGACACUACGCUCGAACCAGACAAUUCGGUAACCACCGUGUACAACGGUGACAGAACCGCUGCCGGGACAGGCCACCGCGUGUCGCCACCUUCCUCUUCGUACGCCGACAGCGGUCUAGAUAUGUCCAACACAGAAUCGUCCGCCGGUGACGCUAAACUCAUCAUAGACGUGCCCGACUUUUCCAAAGAAAUGGAAACUCCUCGGACUGGCAUUGACAAUCCGAGCUUUGAGACUGAUAAAACUGACGUACCUAAACCACUAACUAACGGGCAUAAUGGUACUGUUAAUCAAGAAAAUGGUAGGCUUGAAAAGGAUAAAAUGGCUGAAGCUGUGAAUUUAGAAUUAAUCAACAUGAAACCGUUUGCUAAAAGUGUCAACGGUACGGGAAAUGGUGUUCCUACAAAGAAGAAAGAAACCGGUGUUAAUAUGAAUGAUACGUACGACGAUUAUUUCAUCCCUGUGAACGAACAUAAAAAAUACAUGAGGGGUGGAGAAAAGCUGUAUGUAACCAAAGACAAACGUGAUAUGAAUCAAUCCAGAAAACCAUUCAUGUGUUGGGUAUUCGGCUUAGUUUUAUUGGGUGCUGCUGUUAUAAUUGCGAUUUUAGCUUCAACUGGUUUUAUUUUCAAUAAUGAUGCAGCAGUGGAAAGUCGAAAUUUUGGGGAAAAUGAAAAACUAGCUGGGUUUGGUACUCACCAUGCUCACCCUUCCUCGGUUAGCCCGCCACCUAGUGUAGAUAAUUCAGGUCCGUUCAACCCACCGACUACCGACAUGUCGGGGGUAUUUGUACCCAGAACCUUACAAGGAGAGAUUGUUAUCGACAAUAUGGAAUUUACACCAGGAAUGUCCAAUAAAUCGUCUGCAGAAUUUCAGACAUUAGCUAGUUCAAUAGAGAGUGAACUCAAAACAGCUAUAUUUAAAGAACAAACAUUAAAUGGUGCUUCGGAUGGAAUACAUGUGAAAGUCAUUGAAUUUUCUUCCGGAAGUGUUGUCGCCAAGUAUAGAGUAGGCUGGGAGUAUAAAGAUGAUAGCGAACCACAGGAUCUUAUUGAUGCCGCAACUCUUAAAGCUCGAUUAGAUUCUUAUUUACGAGAAUAUAAUGGAUUUUUAUACAAUUAUAGAAUUCCAAUCCAUAGACUGCGUUCAGACCCUAUUAUGGAUAAAUGUAAAACCGAAAACGGAAAAUGUUCCCAUUACUGUUCUUAUGAUUACAUAAGCUUAGAUUUUGUAUGUUCAUGUCCGCCUGAACUUACCAUAAGUGAGAAUAUGAAAGACUGCAAACGGAUCGAUGAUACUCAUGCAAUGGAUGAUGUUAUGAUAACUAAAAGUGACGAUGAAAAUAUUGAUGAAAAACCAUUUGAUUAUUUUUCUGAGAAUGAGCAUAGUUCAGUACCAACACCAAAUUCGGAACCAGAACCAAGUUCAGAACCUGAUUCAAAAUCUGAACCAGAACCAAAUUCAGACUCUGAACCAAAAUCUGAACCAGAACCCAGUUCGGAACCUAAAUCAAAAUCUGAACCGGAACCCAGUUCAGAACCUGAAUCAAAAUCUGAACCGGAACCAAGUCCAGAACCUGAAUCAAAAUCCGAACCAGAACCCAGUUCAGAACCUGAAGUAAAAGCAGAACCAGUGCCUAAUUCAGAAACAGAAGUUCAAGCAGAACAUGAAGCAAACUCUGAAACAGCAUUUAAUCCAAUUCCGGUUAAGACUGAACAAGAAUCUAUUUCAGAACCAGUGCCUAGUUCAGAACCUGCGUCUAAAGUAGAACCUGAACCUAGUUCAGAACCUGCGCCUAAGACGGAAACAGAACCUAUUUCAGAACCUGGGCCUAAGGUGGAACCAGAACCUGUGUCUAAGACGGAACCUGAACCUAGUUCGGAUCUUACGUCUAAAUUGGAACCUGAACCUAGUUCAGAACCUGCAUCUAAGGCGGAACCUGAACCUAGUUCAGAACCUGCCUCCAAGGCGGAACCUGUACCUAGUUCAGAACCUACGUCUAAGGAUCCAUUUGAACAUAUCUCGGAACCUACAACUAAGGAGGAACCUGAACCUAGUUCAGAACCUGCAUCUAAAGUGGAACCAGAAUCUACUUCAGAACCAGCGACUAAGGCAGAACCUGAACCAAGUUCAGAACCUGAAGUUAAGCCAAGUUUAGAAUCUCAUAGACCAGAACCAGAACCUAGUUCAGAACCAAAUUCUAAAUCAAGUACAAUGGAAAUGUAUGAAUCUUUGUCAGAUGUUGAUAUAAGCUCUGAAUUUGAUACUUCUGAUCAAAAUAACAAAGCACCAGUUGACACUUCCUCAGAAAAAUCAAUUUUGAAUAUAGAUCAAACUGAUAGAGAAGCAAAAUCACAUUCAGAAGAAGUUUUUAAUCAUGAAAUUAAACCUGAAAUCACUUACACUGUAUCAACUGAGUCUGAGUUCGAAACUAAGACUGAAGUGUCCGUAAAAGACUCUAAACCGAAGGAGUCUAAUGAAUUUGCAUUGGUUGAUGUUGAUUUAAAUGUUCCAGAACAAUCUUCUACGUUACCAUCAAUAACUGAAAACUGGUUAAUAACUACACAAUCUAGUAACAUUCAAGGUGUACCAAAAUUACCAAGUGAUUUAGAAGUGACAGAUAAAGAAAAUGGAGAUGUAGAAAAAGAAAUGGAAAUCGAAAAUGCUACUUCUUUAAACCCUGAACAAACCGAAUUCAAAUCCGAAUCUAGCACUAUUAUGGGUAUUGUACAAACUGAAUUAAAAUCUGAAAAUAAAUCUGUGGAUCCAAUAUCAGAAUCUAACAUUAAAAUGUCAUCAGAAUUCACAACUACAUUGCCUGGACAAUCUACUUUCGAUAACUUCAAAGAUGUACCUAGUAUGGUCACUGAAGCAACAAUAGAUGCAAGUUCAAGUAGUAUAGAAGAUAUGAGUUCUUCUACUAAAGGAUUAGAUAAUAUAUCGGUAGAACAUGUUACGGAAUUUAUGGAUAUAACCACUAUGCUUUCAAUAAUAGAACAAAUGCCGAUUAAAAAACAAGAAGAACCUCAAAAUUCAGAAGAUUUAAUUAAAUUAUCAGGUAAAAAACAUUCUGACGAUUUGUCAUCUUUAGACAAAAUUAACAUACCUGACCCAACUAAAAAGUUACAGUCAUUAACAUCAUUAGAAGAACAGAUCAUUAAUUUACCCUUUACUGAUGUUACAUCAUCGACACCUAGCAAUAUCGAUAAUUUAAAUGAAAAUGUUUCUAUUGACCAGCACGAAUCAUUAGAUCAAAUUAGAACAAGUGUUGGUGAACAAAACAUCGCAGAUAUUGUUGGUGAAGAUGAAAAGACAAGUGUUUUAGAUUUAUACCAGAAACCUGAAUUGAAAAAAAAAGAAAAGAAAACGUCCAAAAAUCCUGAUUUGUACGUAACUGAUACAGGAUAUACAAAAAGGAAUAAAACAAAAACAGAAAAAGAAAAUAAAAAAAAUAAUAAACCUGAUUUCAUGGAUGUUAUGCCAGGGAUGAUGAAUUUAGAUAAAUGUGAAGAAGGCCAGUUCCAGUGUGUAAACAGCACGACCAAAGAUGGAUCAUAUUGUAUAAAAAUAUCGUCAAAAUGUGAUACAAACAAAGAUUGCAUUGAUAAUUCCGAUGAAUACGAUUGUGUAGAAAACGCAUGCUCAGGAAAUUUCCUGUGCAAAAGUGGAGAAUGUUUACAAAGAAAUUUGGUUUGCAAUAACAUUAUGGAUUGUGAAGACGGAAGCGACGAGCAGUCUUGUGAUUUAUGGAAAUGUGGCGAUGAUGAGAAACAAUGCUCCAAUGGUCAAUGUUUACCUGCGUCCUAUUUCUGCGAUGGCAAAGCUGAUUGUAUCGAUCAUUCUGAUGAACUUCAAUGCAAUAGUACUUGUGACGGCUAUCGAUGUGCCGACGGUUACUGCAUAUCGAGUGCAUUGCAGUGCAAUGGUGUAAAUGAUUGCACUAGCGGCGAGGAUGAACAAAACUGUGAAUGUGGUAUCGACGAAUUUAAGUGCAAUACGAGUUCACAAUGUAUACCAAAAGCACAAAGGUGUGACAGCAUAGCGCAAUGCGUAGAUAGGAGUGAUGAAUGGCAAUGUGUUCAAUUGGAUGGCACUCAACUUCUCGCAAAAAGGGAAGGCGAAACCGCUUUGAAAGUAUGUAGCACUAACUGGUCAAACCAAUGGAGUGACUUGGUGUGUCAGAGUCUCGGUUUUACCGAUACAAAGUCAACCAAUUUUAGACCAAACGAACCAGCUGAAAACGUUGAAAUCAACUAUCUCAAGUUAAAAGAUAAUUCGACUUUGAACAGUUCUAAAAGUUUGACGGCGUUCCUUGAGCCAACUAACGCCCAGUGCGAGACGGUUGAGAUAAAAUGUUCUUCUAAACACCUUUGUGGAGAUUUCGGUGGUAAAGAUCCGCUAUCGAUGGAAAUGUGGCCAUCCGUUGUCUACUUGCAUAACACCAAAACCCACAAGUCCUGUACGUCCAGUCUGGUAAAACGUAAUUGGUUGUUAUCGUCGUACAGUUGCUUGCAUUCCAUUGACGAGUCGCUAUCUGCCGAUCAAUGGGAAGCGGUAUCGAGCAAAACUCGCGUAGUCAACGAGUCGAGUUUGACCAAAAGAUCCGUGUCCAGGAUAAUCAUUCAUCCUGGAGUUAAAUUCGAAAAAAUACGUUAUUUGAACGAUACAGUUUUGAUUCAACUCAGUGCACCAUACGACUUAUCGGACGAAGUCAAUACCAUUUGUCUACCCGAGCAAAUUGUCGACAACAAGCAACCGUGCGUCAUAGCCAGUUGGUCUUACGAGACACCGGGAGUUUUCAAACAGUUUUCACGCUCUUUGUCCGAACCGUUAAUGCAAACGGAUGUAUGCAACUCGACAAAAAACUUUAAUGGUCUUCUAACAGAACGAGAUAUUUGUGUUGCUCCGGGAGAAAUAGAAACCACCAAUAUGGAAAUCGGUUCGACGUUAAUGUGUUUGGCGGAGAACGGAUUGUGGCAGUUGCAGGGUGUGCUCAGUUACCGAGGCGGUUAUGGCCGGUCAUCCAAACCGUCGCUGUACAACGCCAUUGUGGACGCAGUGCCAUGGGCGGAGAAUACCAUCGCGUCCGGCGUCUGACGGCAUAUAUAAAGUUUAAAUUUUUAUUUACAUAUGUAUUAUCGGAAGCUAUUAUCGUUUCCUCGGUAUUAUCCCUUUAACCCCGUCCCCCUACAUCUAAAUAUCACCACUGGAAACGUGUUUUCCCUCAGCCCCGGAAGGUCGUACAAUAACAUAGUUUUUCUAGCUUAUAAGUAUUCCACAGCGGACGAAUCAUCCAAUCGAACGACUAUUUCGGUAACCUAUCGUCUCGUACGAGUACUAUAACAUUCGAUGUAGAUAGAGUCGUUACCGUUCGUGAUGAUUACAAUCAUAUAAUCUGUAUAAUAUUCUUUGUACCGUACGAAAUUCUAUCCCCGAGGGAACAGACGAUUUCACGUAUGUGCGUGCGAUACGUAUAUAUGUAUAUAUAAAUAUUAUUAUUAUCAAUUUUAUGUUGUAUACAAUUUUUAAUAUUCUUUUAAAUGUUUUUUUUUUUUUUUUUUUUUUUUUUACCUACGUCUUUAGGAGAGAUCAAUACAAUUUAUUAUAUAAUCCUGUGAAUUUUUCGAUUGUGUACGCCCAUUGCAGUGUACGGUCGACUAUUAUAAAAUAAUAUUCGAAUUAAUUAAGCUUUUCCCCGUAACAUAUCGACGAUGUAACGCGUGGCAUGUUUUCGACACGAGUGAGUACAUAAUAUAUAAUUAUGUGUUUGUAUACGAAAAGUUGCCAUAUUGAUAGUAUAAUGAUACACAUAGGAAUAAAAUAUAAUAUCAUUCACGUAUGUAAUAUAUUAUCCGUCCAAUUAUAUUAUUA